GAUGUGUGAUAAGUGUAGUGCAAAGUUAAAUCCUUGUGAGGUGCGCCGACUGGCGUGGAGAUACAGCCUGUCAGUGUUCCAGAUUCUCAGGACUUCCUGUCCUCUUUUCUCCUCUCUGAUAUGACUGAUCCGGAGCUGGACGCUUAAACUUAAUGAAACUUGUGUCGUACAACAGGCAGCGCCCAGCUGAAAGAGUCCUGCCAGACCUUCAACAGAUCUGCUCUGCACCUGCUGGGGGAUUUUGCUCAUGGGUAGGCUACUCCAUCAAUGAGCUGCAGCUGGUUCAACAAGCAGACUUCCCACUUGAUUCCUCCCUGAACUUCCUUCCAGCCUUACAGCAUGCACUCUGUAUAGCUCCAAGCAGGGCAACAUUAAAGAUAUGAUGUCACCAUCAGGAGCCAUCAGUGAGGGUGGAAGGUGCUUUUAGGCAUCUCAGAUCAGCUUAGCCACUGGAAUACCUAACCUUUAACAAUAAAAAGAAAAUGCAAAUCUGACCUUAGAUGACAGCUUUAACUGCAGUCAGCGGACGUACAACAGACAACAAAGAGCCAACACAACAUAAUUUUGGAUGGAUUUGGCGGACAGGACCGUUUCAUGCCUGGAGGAAGACUGACCCCCCGCUUGGACCCAGUACCGGCCUCCCACACUCCUCUGACGGGCUCAGAAGCAGCAGUUCCCGGCAUUUGCUGGGAUGUUUGAGUCGCGUUGUGUGGUGGGGUGAAGGGACCGAGAGAGUGGCCGCGGAGAGACCGAAGGGACGGAGGCCGAGACAGGAGCCGGGAGCAUGGCUCUGGUAGCGCUGUCUCUCUGGGUGCUAACGAGUCUCACCUGGGCGGACCUGCUCCAGGUGUCAGCCAACAGGCAUUCCGUCUACUGGAACAGCUCCAACAUACAUCUGCACAGGGAGGGCUACACGAUGCAGGUGAACGUCAACGACUACCUGGACAUCUACUGCCCUCAUUACAAUGACAGCCAGCGCAUGGUGGGCACUGGUGAGCAGUACAUCCUCUACAUGGUCAAUUACCGUGGAUACAGGAACUGCGACCCCCAGCUGGGCUUCAAGAGGUGGGAGUGCAACCGGCCCCACGCCCCCCACGCGCCCAUCAAGUUCUCGGAGAAGUUCCAGCGCUACAGCGCCUUCUCGUUAGGCUACGAGUUCCACGUUGGACAGGAGUACUACUACAUUUCCACACCCACCCACCACCACGGCCGCAGCUGUCUGAGACUACGAGUGUACGUCUGCUGCUCCACGGCCUCUGAUGUGGAUGAUGAGCCGGACCCUACAGAACCAGACUACACGCUUAGACCAGGCCUAAAACUUGACGAUACUGAUGACUUUAACUCGUUUGUCCCCAAGCUGGAGAAGAGUGUCAGCGGAAGCAGCCCAUCCAGGGAUCGCCUCCUUCUCACCGUGACGAUGCUCCUUCUGGCCGCUCUCUUCAUCUCCUAGCAACGGCCAUCCCAUCAGCGUCACCAUGCCAACUAGCCUUGGGAGGGUGUACAGUAUCAACGGGUGGCAGAAAGGGAGGUGGGGUGGGGGGGGUCAGGAGGAGAGGAGAGUUAAGAAACCGCAAAUAGAGCAAAAGGCAAGAAGAGCAAGAAAAUUAGAGUUGUGAAGCAUCACAGUGCGUGUGUGUCUGUGUGUGUGUGUGUGUGUGUGUGUGUGUGGUGUACAGCUGUGUGUUUGAGGGAGUGUGGUUCUACUGGAGUCAAAACACCUUCAGGUACUCGGCGACACAGACUGAAAUGUUUGUUGAGUUAAAGUCAGCCGGUGCAUACAGAUGCGUGUGUGUGCAUGCGUGCGUGUGCGUUUAUGUGUGUGUGUGUUUAGCUUGUCGAAUGAUACACACCACACAAACCAUUUAUACAACAGGAGGGAUGGGCCUGAAAUCCUAAUAAAAAGAAGAAAAAGCAUAAAAUCUACUGAAAACCAUUUGAAGACUUUCCCCGGGAUCUGAUUGGCUGAAACUCUUCCUUAGGGCUAGUUGCCAUAGUUUCUUGCAACAAGACUUAAACUGAACUCAAAUGAACUGAAUCAAAUAGAUUUCAGCAGAACUGAACUGAAAUUGCCUUUUUUUUGUUGUUGUUGUUGUUGAUGUUGUUGAUCUUGAUGCUGGGAACUUGUCCCAGUCCACAGGGGGGG